UUUUGCCAAACCAGGCUCCAACCUUUUCUCAUAGCGGGGUGCCCUGUUCUUGUACAUACUUGGCUUCUAAUCAUUUUGACUUUCCUGUACCUCGUCUGAUCAAGCUUACGAUAGCUUCUAUUGUCACUUCAUCUCUCUUCUAUGGCAGUAUACUUUCGGUACUUUUGCUUCCCUACGUAGUGGGGCUCUAUACUGCAUACCUUUGAUUCCGCGGAUAGAUUCGAACGUCUGCGUCCAGGACUGGGUAUAUUAUGGAGCAGUGACCUAUCCCUUGUCUUUGGGUUCCAGAACACGCAAAAUAAAAAAAGAGCCAAGGCGGACGGGUGACGGACGGAUUCAAGACUCAGCCCACUUGACCGCGCACACCCUUGAGGCCCAGCACACUUGCCUUGCCAGCCUGACCCUUUUUAUGAACGCUGUGUCCCCCUCCCCCUCCUCCGAAACACCUUCACGCGGCGCAGGAAACGUCACUUCUCUACCUCAACACCAGGACCUUCAAUAAACUCACCUCAACUUCUUUCUUCGAGCGAGCCCGUCGAUCGCUAAUACAGCCGUCGAACGCCGCCCAACAUGCUCGACGAAAACCUACCCACCUUCCACUUCCGCCCCUCCUCCGACAACCCUCAGAAUACCAUUUUGUACUUCACUCACCAAGGCUCAGACCCGGCGCCAAAUUACGUUCUCAAGCGUGCCGACCCCGCCAACCCGGUCGCCCGCAACAAGUACGCCGCUGCUCUCACCGACAUCGCUUCCCAGCAGAUCAUCUACGCCGAGGUCCUUGUCGAGCCGGAAUGGACCCAGCCCACACUCUCAGCCGCCGAGGUCCGCGUUCAAAAUGGCACCCCGGCCCCGCCACAACCCAUCUUGCCCGACCAAGUCACGCUCCAGCUCUACAACCCGGACUCACAGGUCGUCAUCAAGAUGAAAUCCGGUAGCUGGGGCAAGUCCGACAGCUGGGAGUUUGAGAUGCCCGAGCAAAGUUUCCGCGCGCCGAGCGCAAGCUUGCUCGAUCGUUCCUCCGACGAUCCGCCCAUCAGCGAUACCGUCCCUAAGGUCGUGUUCCGCUGGAAGCGAGAUGGCAGACUCAGCAAGGAUAUGACGUGUUACAUGGUCGGCAAGAGUGUCGCUGGCAAGAAGAGCAAAGAGCCUGAUAUUACGGUCGCCAUGUUCAAGGACACAAAGCACGAGAGCGCCGUAACGAUCUACGAGCCCAACUUGCAGCGUGUGGAUGUGGAGGAUCGCAAGGGACUGGACAUUGUCCUGCUUCUUGGCGCCGAGGUUCUCCGCGACCUGUUCCUGAACCCCAGACAAAACGUCUUCAACCUGACGGCGACACCGCCCCCCACGACCGGUCGUCGCAAGAACUCCAAGCCACCACCGGUGACCAUGGCGCCGGCACCACCCACGGCCGCCAUGUCCGGCGCCAUCGGCAAUAAGCCCGCUUCGCCUCCCGCACAAACCAUGAACAAUGGUCCUCCCAGGCCCAAUGCCCGCCAACAGUGGGAGAUUGACAAUGAGACGAAGCGUCUACAGGCUAUGGUAGCACAGGAGGAGCGGCAGGCGCGCGAGCGCGAGCGACGGGACGCCGAGGAAGCGAAGCGCAUCAAGAAGAUGCUCGACAAGGAGGAAGCCGACCGCCGACGCAAAGAAGCCGAGAUCGAGGCCGAGACGGAGCGACUUCGCAGACUCUACGGCGUCCCGCCUAGUCAGUCGAACCCGAACCUACCACCGCGUCAUCAACCACCGCCCGGAAGCACGUCAGGCUCAUGGCACGUGGCACCCGCACAGCCACCACGACCCAACAGCGCAGGGCCGUACAACGGGCCGCCCGGGACCAGCGCGUAUCGUCCGCAGGUGCGAUUUGCGCAGCCGCCGCCGACGAUGAGCGGGGGAGCGUCAUCUCAGCCGCAGCAACAGCCGCAGUCGCAGCAGGCCGGUCGCGGGAAGCUUCCGAACCUCAUGUCGGGACUGCUUCAGGGACCCUACGCGAACCCUGCUGCUAGCGUCAGCAACUUCUUCCAUCGGGACCGGUCCGAGGAAGAGGAGAAGAAGCGAAAGGUCGCUAAGAAGCGGAGUGUGCAUUUCUGAAGAAUUACUGUAGUCUCAUGAGAUGCGCGGAGGGGUAUUAACUCCCCUUUUCACUCUACCGAUGUCGGUGGCAUCUUCUUUUGGCGUUUGAAGGGACUUUUCGAGCAUUCGUUAGCAUCCGCCAUGUACCGGGUGGCCUACAGGGCUAGCAUGGCAUAUCUUUUCGCAUUUUCGGCGUCAAGGGGGAUUUCUCUGGACGGAUAUACCAUGUAUUAGUGUUUGGGUAUAUAGAAUCACGAAUUUUAUGAUGA